AUGUCAAUUGCUGAUUCGUCACAUCUUGUUCAGCUGCAUCCAGAUUGGGUGCUGAUGGAUGUGGACCGGUUAGGAAAGUCGUUUUAUUAUAAUGAUGGAAAUCCUCUCAGUGAAUCUUUGAAGCAAUUAAAGCACAAGACGUUGAACGAGGCGAUCAAAAACAACAACAUAGACUUUUUGAAGGAACAUCUGAGAAGUUCUGAGGGCCUCAUGGAUAAUGAGUUACGCUGUAAAAUAUGGCCAUUAUUUUUGGAAAUUCCUUCAAUUGAUGAAAAUUCGGAUCUGGUGCUUCAGCAGUCUGCUUCGUGCUUUCUAGACGAUUUGAACGUGAAUGAUCUUCCUCCUCAUCGGGAUGAGGAACAAAUCAAGCUUGAUAUCAAGAGAUCAUUUACCAUUGUGUCUCAUCUUCGUUCCACCACCGUAGACCACUCCUCAUUCACAGGUAUCUACUCAAGCUCCGACAUCGACAAGUUGAAAAGAGAUUUGUUGAACUUGCUCGUGAAAAUGUUCCGUACUUAUCCAGCAUUGCACUACUACCAAGGUUAUCACGAUAUCGCAAGCAUAAUACUACUUGUGUGCCAAAACCACCAGAAUCCAGGCGAUGAGUUGGCGUUUAGGUUGUUGGAACGGUUGUCGUUGUUCCAUCUUCGAGACUUUAUGAUCACCGACAUCAACUUGUCCACCAUCCACCUCAAGUUAAUUCCAGCCCUAUUAGAAGAUGUCGACCCAACACUAUACGAGUUGCUCAAACAAACCAGUAACGUCUAUCGCUUGACCAAUGGCGCACUCUACGAUUACGGAUUCGUGCAGGGCUUAUCCUCUAUUCUCACCAUGUUCAGUCACGAUAUCAACAACCUUCCUCAACUCUUGAUGACAUGGGACUUUAUAUUGAGCUACAAUCUGAUCCUGGCGUGUGCCUAUGUAUACACAGCUGCCCUAUUAUUUUCCAAAGAUGACAUAUUUCGCAAAUUGGGCCUCAACCCUCGACCAGUGACAGAUUUCCUGGAUGUUGAUCCGGACGCUGUACAUUCGCUUGUGAGUCCCAGUACUUUAUUUGCCAAUCUUACCGACCAGGAUAUGGCAAAUAUCUUGCAUUCUGCCUCACAAUUGCUGAAAGAGCACCCAUUAGAUCAAUUGUCCAACAACCAUACAACCUUCAAUUUUUGGUUUGGAGAAUACAACCCUCAUUCUGUCCUUAAGACCACCUCCACGGGCGGACCAGCUCCACAAUCUUACUAUAGUCUUGCGACCUCCAAUAAUGAUUUGGCGGAAUUGAUUCAAACACAGGAUCAAGAGGUGACAAAGCAAACUCUUGUUGAUAGCAACUUACUUGCCAAGAUUAUGGAUCUUCAAGACGACUCGGUUACAGACGAUUACAGUCCUAGCGAGUCACAUCUGUUGAGCUCCUCCAUCAGCAGUUUGGCUUCUGGAACCUCGUCCGUCAACACUAGAAUAGCCGAAGCGUCAUCACAGAUCCUCAAAAGAUUAUUACAUUCAUCGCAUCACAGUCAAAGAACCAGCCCAGAGCCCGGCGAUGGGGAGAAGAAACGACCCAAGGGCUUGAGUAGAAUCUACAAAGUAAGUUUAACCGUGGGAUUUGUCGGGUUCAUGAUACACUUUUUAUUGACGAAACGAAAUCCUGAAAUGAUCAAACUUUCCCGUCUUUUGGGAGGUGAUUGGUCGAUUGGUGGAUUAGUCAAUAGCUUAUCGACAUUUGGUGGCAUGGUUGCUGGUGAAGCUAAAAACAGUGCAAGGCAUGCAUACGAGACAAUAUCAGAACAAGCACGUAUCAACUUCGGGCAAGUUGGUUUGGGAACAUUGAGAGCGACUUAUUUUGAUCUAUAG